CUGGGAUUAUCCGGUUUAGUGAGACCGCUGCCUGGUGGAAAGUAGCUAGGCGGCAGUCAUGUCGCAAGUAACUGCGAGCCGAAGAGGCUCUUGGGGUGAACGUUAAUGAGUAUAGUAGAAGGGAGACCUGGGCCGCAGUAAGAACAUUCUCGGCGAGAUUAUUAAACAUUGUGUACACUGUAGCCCUGUGUGGCUUCAACCCGCAUGGGAAUGUAACAGAAGCCUGUCAUUCAGUGGUACAUAUGCAGAGUGGUGUGCAUGGCAUUGCCAUCCAGCCAUGAGUGAGAUCAGGAAGCAAUUGCGUUUUCAUCCUCCUGGAUACUUGUCAGGUACUAGUAGCACAGCUUCAAGUUGCAAUGUUUACAGAGGAGGCUGAUUAACUCGAGCCCUGCUUACCUUGCACCAGGAGCCUGGUACGGCAAGAAUAAUAAAUGUCAUUUGCCCCGCAUCGUCAAAGGCUGAUAACCUGCGGUGCAAGGAAAAGUCUCAGGGGUCGAGAUGUGGCUGACGCUCGUUGGCCUUCAGCAACUCCAGUUUCAAAAGAGUGGCCAACUUCAGACGACAGACGUCAAUAUCGAUCAGCGUCAACUGCCAUUUACAUACCUAGGUACCUACCUGCUCAGCACAACAGUGCAAAGCGUUACGGAUCUCAAUCUCGAGGGAACCGAAGCUACUCGGCAAACGAGGGUGGCUGCAAGGUAGAUCUUGUGAACCCCAGUUGGUGUAGCAGUCAACAGGUACUGUAUUUUAUCCUUCGGUGAUACAGGGAUUACUCAAAUUCCUAAUUUGAUCAAGUCACCACUGUCGGAUUAUAAGAGAUAGCAAUGGCGACAUCGGCGCUCUUCGAGAAUUUGGUCUUGCAUGCACCUCACCUGUCCACCAGGCAAGUCCUGCCAGCCUUCAUCUACGGGACGGCUUGGAAGAAAGAGGCCACCACAGAGCUGGUCUACCAGGCUAUAUCCAACGGCUUCACCGCAAUCGACACCGCUGCCCAGCCCAAGCAUUAUAGGGAAGACCUUGUUGGCGCUGGCGUGUCCAGAGCAAUCAAAGAUGGAAAGAUCAGAAGAUCAGACCUGUACCUGCAGACCAAGUUUACCAGCGUUGGAGGACAAGAUCCCGACAACAUUCCUUAUGAUGCUAAAAGCCCUAUCGCGGACCAAGUGAAUGCGUCGGUCAUUUCAUCUCUUGGAAACUUCAAUUUUGCAGAUGUCGUCAAGGGCGAUGAUGAAGCACAGCCGUACAUCGACACCCUUGUCCUACACUCUCCCAUGGAGUCAUUGAACGACACCUUGGAGGUGUGGCAGACUCUUGAGCAAUAUGUCCCCAAUGAGAUCCGAAACCUGGGCAUUUCGAAUUGCAACCUGUUCACGCUGAUGGAUAUCUAUGAACGUUCGACCAUCAAGCCAAGCGUGGUGCAGAACCGCUUCUAUCCGAAUACCAAGUUUGACAUUGCAGUGCGGCAGUUCUGCAAGGAGAAAAACAUCAUCUACCAGAGUUUCUGGACGCUGAGCGCGAACCCCAACCUGGUCUGGUCAAACGAGGCCGGCUCUCUGGCGGAACUGUUCAAGAUCAGUCCACAAUCGGCCCUAUACUGUCUCGUCCUUGGGCUGGGUAAUAUAGUUAUACUGAACGGCACCAAGAAGACGCAGCACAUGCAAGAAGACUGGAAAGCGGUGCAAAAGGCCAAAGAAUAUGCCGAGUCUCACCCAGCUCAAUGGCAGAAGAUAGUGGCCGACUUCAGGAAACUCAUUGGCCAACCUAGGCCGUAAAAACAAAAUAUAGGUUCGGACAUCAGAUCCGAACUGCAAGAUGGGCUUGUCCGCUUCUGCCGGGAGAGCCCCAAGGUGAGGGCAGCUGUUGAUUCGAGCGGAAAAGCCUGAUCCCAGGUAGACAGCACUAGCCGCGAGCUAGGAGUCAGGUGGAGCUCGGGUCAUCGAGCGAGUCCUGAAUGCUCGGUCUUCGUUGGCUACCCUGCCACCCGGUCUGCUCGCUUAGACGAAGGAAGGUUUGUGCGGCCUGCUAGAGCGCACUCAGGACGCGUUAAACGUGCUAGUGAGAAAGGCAGAAUCACUGAAGAAAGCCUCCGACUAUUGUGUGAUUGUGCGCAAUAACCACUUGAAAGGGAAUAGAGACCGACAACGGCCUGACAGCAUGUAGACUGUUGCAAGCGCUGUAUGCAGUAUAGUUGUAGAUUCCAGAUCUUGAUGGGAAUCGUUGACGAGGAACGUGAUGUUGUGCGUGCACAAGGAAAAUGGGAAAUCCUCUGC